AUGCCGCCGCGCCGCCGAGGAACUUCGGGCUACCGCGGCAUCCGCGAGCGCCCCUCCGGCGCGUACUACGCCGAGAUCCGGUCCGGCGACGUCCGGCUCGGCCUCGGCACGUUCGAGACCGCGCACGAGGCCGCCCGCGCGUACGACGCGGCGGCAUGGCGCCUAGAGAGGCCUCCCUCGCAGAUGAACUUCCGCGAUGUCUGCACGCGCGAGCAGGCGCAGGCCGUCACCCCUCCUCCUCGUCUUAUCACGGACCUGAACUGUGCGAAGCACCGUCGGCGGCAGCGCCGCCUCCUCAUCGCCAAGGAGGGCGAGCGAGCCAUGGCGGAGUGGCACCGGUGCCACCCGGAGGACGUCGCCAAUGAGCGCGCCUUCUAG